AUGGAAAUUAACAAAGAAGUGGCUCCCAGGGAGGAAGAGGAGAAGGUUCGCAUGACAGAAGGGGAGGAGGAUCCUAUGGAGGUAGAGGAAGUGGUUCAUAGGGCAGAAUGGGAGGAGGCUUGCAGGGCACAAUGGGAGGCUCACUGGGCCAAAGAAGAGGAGGCUCGUAGGGCUAAAGAGGAGGCUGAAAAAAGAUUUGUUGAGAAAGACUACAAUGGAGCAUGUACCUAUGCUUUGAAAGCUCAGAUGCUUUGUCCCAGCUUGGAGGGUAUAAAAGAAAUGAAAGCUACAUUUGAUGUCUAUGCUGCAUCUGAGACAAAAUUCAAAGGGGAAACGGAUUUCUAUGCAAUUUUUGGUCUAAAACCAUCAGCCGUUAUGGCUAAACUCAUCAGACAAUUUACGGAGAUGUAUGGUCUACUCAACCCUUAUUGCAACAAAACUGUUGGGGCAGAUGGGGCAUUUAACCUUCUCUCGGAAGCAUGGAAUAUAUUGUCCGACCUAAGUGAACGAACCUCGUACGAUAUCAGGAGAAAUACUAGGGGUGAUUCCUUUUGGACAAAAUGCACCACUUGUAACGUUCAGUAUGAGUAUCUCCUGAAGUACGUGAACAAAAAACUAUCCUGCAAGAAUUGUCGUGGUGUUUUCAUGGCAAUCAACAAAGGGAUAGGACCUCCAGAUGGCUCGUAUCCUUUUCUUGAUUGUCAACAUUUUUCUGCUCCUGAAAACUGUUAUGCAAAUCAACGUGGGACUAUUACAAAUAUCCCAACCACAAAUGGAGUCGAUGUAUCUAAAUAUAAGAGGAAAUCGUAUUCUGGAUCUUCAGUGGAGGCUGUUGAUACAAAUAUAACCAUCCCUCUCGAGGCACACCCUAUAGGGAAUGGCAAUAAAAGCACGAGAUCUCUUCACGAGCCUUCCAAACUGGGCAAGCCUUCAAGCAGAAAGAGUCUUGAUGACACAGGCGUAGAAACUCCUUCAAAUAAUCUAUCAGAUAUGGGACCAUCAAUGUCAAAUUUUGACUCAGAAAAGUUAUUAAUUAAUAGGGCAGUGUCUGAAUUAAGAAAGAAGUUGCCAGAGAUAAGGAAAGCUGAUGCUGAAGUAGCUGCACUGAAGAAAAACCUAGCAAAUUUACCUCAGAAAGAAGCAGCAGCAGGAAAAUCAGUAGGAGAGGUGGUGGUGUCUAACAAGCCUAGUACUGCCGCAAUUUCUGGCACAGUUGGACUUCAAUCAAUGGUGAGGAGGAGGGCAUCAAUGCGCAUGAAGGUUCCUAUCUCUGAUUUUCACAAUUUUGACAAUGAUAGGUCUGAGCAAUGUUUUAAGGCGAAGCAGAUAUGGGCGAUCUACGAUGAAGAAGAUACUAUGCCACGUCUGUACUGUCUGAUUGAUCAAGUGAUUUCAGUCUCACCGUUUAAAGUUGCAAUCAGUUACAUGAACUCCAAAAUUGAUGCGGAGUUCGGGUCAGUGAAUUGGAUAGAAUCUGGCUUUACGAAAUCUUGUGGAAAUUUUAGGACAUCAAACAUUGAUGUGGUUGAAGAAGUGAACAUCUUUUCUCAUGUACUGAGGAGAGAAAAAACAACACGGGGAGGAUGCCUUAGAAUUUAUCCUAGGAGCGGAGAUAUAUGGGCCAUAUACAAGAACUGGUCAUCGGAAUGGAACAGGGAGACCCCCUCUGAAGUUAGGCAUCAAUAUGAGAUGGUGGAAAUUAUGAUGGAUUAUGAUGAAGAAGAUGGGGUUUGCAUGAGUCCACUGGUGAAAGUAGAUGGUUACAGGACUGUGUAUGGGAGGAACCCAGAUAAGGGUUCCAUUUGUUGGGUUUUGAAGAAGGAAAUGUUGAGAUUCUCACAUCGUGUUCCUUGUUGGCGAAUUAGAGGUGGAGAAAGGACUGAUGAUCUGCCAGAAUGUUGUUGGGAUCUGGACCCAGCUGCAACCCAUGAUGGCCUUAUCCUUCAACAGCAAGAAGAAGAAGAAGUUGAAGCUGAAGCUGAAAAACUUAAAGUGAUAUCUUAACUUAUACCCCAACCCCCAAUAGAUAAGAUUAUAAACUGUUUGUUGUUUCUUAUGAUUGUUUCUGACUGUUGUCUGAAAACUGUUGUUUCUUUGUUGUUGCUGCUGUUUUUAAUUUUGACAUGUGAGAAUUAUUCUAAUGUCAAUUAAAUUUGAAC